AUGACUAUUUGUCAUUGUGAUGGAGUGCAGCAUAUGACGGAUAGCACAGCUGCUUUUUUAAAUUCCCAACAUAUUUUAGAUAUCAUCCCUACAGCAUCUGUUGUUAUUCUCGUUGGCCGUGACGUAGCACAUCCAGGUGUAGCCAAUGAUUUCGACGAGGAAGAUGCUAAAAAGUAUUACACCUAUUAUCAAUGGGUCUGUUUCGUGCUCUUCUUUCAGGCCAUUGCCUGUUACACUCCCAAAUUUCUUUGGGACAAAUUCGAAGGUGGUUUAAUGCGAAUGAUUGUGAUGGGCUUGAACAUAACUAUCUGCACUCGCGAAGAGAAAGAAGCCAAGCGUGAUGCCUUACUGGAUUAUUUAAUCAAGCAUGUUAAGCGCCAUAAACUUUAUGCGAUGCGUUACUGGUUCUGUGAGGCGCUAUGCUUCGUCAACAUAAUCAUACAAAUGUACAUGAUGAAUCGUUUCUUUGACGGCGAGUUCCUCUCAUAUGGUACACGUAUUAUGCAACUAUCUGAUGUGCCACAAGAGCAACGCCUUGACCCAAUGGUGUACAUAUUCCCACGCGUAACCAAGUGUAUCUUCCAUAAAUAUGGCUCCGGUGGUUCGCUACAGAAACACGACUCACUCUGCAUACUGCCGUUGAAUAUUGUCAAUGAAAAGACUUAUGUGUUCAUUUGGUUCUGGUAUAUGAUAUUGCUGUGUCUGUUGCUGGGAUUAUUGAUUUUCCGUGCUUGCAUCUUCUUUAUGCCAAAAUUCCGACCACGUUUGCUCAAUGCCCGCAAUCGCAUGAUUCCCAUGGACGUUUGCCGCUCACUCUCACGCCGUUUGGAUAUCGGCGACUGGUGGCUCAUCUAUAUGUUGGGCCGCAAUCUAGAUCCAGUAAUUUACAAGGAUGUGAUGAUUGAAUUUGCAAAGCAAGUCGAGCCAUCGAAGCACGAUCGAAAGAAGGACAAGAUAAGGGAUUACGACAACAAAAACAACUACUGAAGAUGGUUCUGUGAUUGGGAUGCUUUCUAUAAAUUAGAAAUGCAAAUUAGAAAAAAAAACAAAUAACAUAACAUAUAUAAAAAUGAUUAUUACUGAUUUUAUUUAAUUACUGCUAAGAGUAAUUCAAGCAAAACUCAAUUAAUUCAAUGAUCACAACUCGAAUUUUAUUUGCCUGGAAAUUGGCAAGUGCAAAUGAAUAAAUCCAUUAUUCAGAUAUGUCUAUAUAUUACGAUUAAGUAUAAUUUUAUUUAAUAAAUUCUAGGCUAAGUUACGUGAAAUUUAGUUCGUCUUCAGAUUAUUUAAAUGUUCGCUUUUGAGUCUUCUUAUUCUUGUAUAGUUCGAAUGUGAGUUAAGCUAAGCAUUUUUCAUAUAAACAAUUAAGUUAGUUUUUAUUAUAGCAAAAACCUGAAACUACGUAUAAUACUUUGACUAAAUAUUCACGAGAAUAUUUGCAUAAAAAUGUAUGUACUUUUAAGUUUAUACAUAUAUAUAUACAUAUAUUUUUAAUAUGAAAUCAAUUUUAUAUUAAUUAUACAAAUACAAUAUUUUUGUAGACUCUGCA